AUGAUCACGUGGCUGGCCGUGUACCAUGUCGUGGAGGCGAUGGCGCCGCUGUACACGGCGGCGGUGCUCGGGUACGCGUCCGUGCGGUGGCUCAAGGCCUUCUCCGAGGAGCAGUGCGCCGGGAUCAACCACUUCGUCGCCAUCUACGCCGUGCCCGUGCUCAUCUUCAACAUGGUCUCCACCAACAACCCCUACGCCAUGAACGGCCGCCUCGUCGCCGCCGACACGCUGCAGAAGGCCGUCAUGCUGCUCGGCCUCGUCGCCUGGGCCGCCUGGGAGUCCCGCUCGCGCCGCCGCCGCCGAUCCGACGGAGGCGGCAAGGCUUCGGCUGCGGUUGCAGCGGCCUCCCCGCUGCAGUGGGUGGUGACCGCCUUCUCUGUGGCGUCGCUGCCCAACACCAUCAUCAUGGGCGUGCCGCUCCUCGGCGGCAUGUACGGGGCCAUGUCCAAGGACCUCAUGAAGCAGAUCGUCGUCAUGCAGUUCUGCGUCUGGUACAACGUCGUCAUCUUCAUCUACGAGUACAUGGCGGCCCGGCGCGCCGCGACGGCCAUGGAUGGCACCGCCAAAAUCAGCCCUGGGUCGCCCGGGGCGGCGCCGUCCGCUGAGAAAAUCGCCCCCAAUGACGAGGCCGUCGUUGCGGCCAAGCGGGCCCACGAAGUAACCGUAAACAUUGAGAUCACGGAGGUUGCCCCGGCGUCUACGGCACAAAAAGACCUGGCAGACAACACAACAACGACGGUGGCCAAGGAGACAAGUGCCGACGCGGAGGCAGAGCAAGGGUCGCCGCCGCCGGCGAAGUCGACGGCGCCUUCGGUGACGCACAUCGCCUUGAUGGCAGGGAAGAAGGUUCUCAAGAUUCCGAAUACCUAUGCGAGCUUCCUUGGCCUCAUCUGGGCCCUAAUCGCCUUCAAGUGCGGGAUCAAGAUGCCAAAAAUAAUUGACGACUCGCUGUUCACCAUCCAGACGACGGCCGUUGGGCUCAGCAUGUUCGCGUCGGGGACGUUCAUAGCGCGUCAGUCGCGGUUCGUCCCGUCCGGCUACGCGAUCGCGUCCAUGUCGAUGGUGCUCAAGUUCCUCAUCGGCCCGGUGGUGAUGCUGCUCGCGUCGCUCGCCAUCGGCAUGCACGGCACCCUGCUGCACAUUGCUGUUGUACAGGCGGCCCUUCCCCUAGCCGUGACUUCAUUUGUGUACGCUGAAGAAUACAAGGUCCAUGCAGACAUCAUGAGCACAGGGGUAAUUCUUGGGAUAUUUAUCUCGCUCCCCGUCACCAUUGUAUACUACAUUCUAUUAGGUCUAUGA